CGUUGCUCUUAUUCAUAAGAAGAUAAUUUUAACUUUAAUUCAGAUUUUUUUUUUACUUACUUUCUAUGUGUUUACCUAAUUGUAAUAAAAUAUAUUAUAGGGGUACACACCAUUACACAUUGCGAUGCAGUUCAGACAUGAAAACGUCUAUAGACUCCUGGUCGAAAUGUAUGAUGCUGAUCCAAAUAUGAGAGAUUGGUCCGGUAAAAAGGCGCGACAAUAUCUUGUGCAUAUGGAUACGUCCCUGUCACCAGGGUCUUAUAGAAAACCGGAUACGAAUGUCGGUCGUAGUGUUACUUCGCAACCUUCUGUGAAGGUUCAGAAGAGUUAUGUUCAACAAUUGAGCAAGAACGAAAAGGAAGGUUUCUUACGCAUCGGCUCCUUAAACGUGCGCGUCAAGAAGACUACAGAGGCAUUCAGUAACUUCCUGGGUGUUGGCGCUACAAGGACGGCGUACGUUCAUAAACGAGCUGAUGUCGAGAGACGGUCAGAUGACGGUGAACUACACAAAUCAUGGGGUUCCGCAGAUAAUAUACAGAAGGAUGAUAAGUCUAUGCCACCUCCGCUGAGCAGUAAAGUGCGUCGUCGGGGUGCCAGCGGCCGAAGAGGAGUUGCAAGUCAUAGUAGAAGCACGCCGUCUACACCCGACCAGCCACGUGCGCAGAUAGGUCUAAACGAAGAAGGUGACUCGGACUCCGACACUGCAGCUGGUUUCCAUUCAGCCUGGAGGCAGCAGAGGUCGUCAAACCAUUAGUAUCAAAACUAAUUACAUUAUAUUCAUCACCCUUCUCACUUUAAACUUAUAACACAGCUGCUACAAUUUAUAUACUCAAAAUACACUUUUUGUUUUAAAGUUAACGUCUACGUGGUUAUACGAGUUACAAGAUAUCGUUCGCUUAUGUUAUAUUGUCUAUUUUAUUCCUUUGGUUGCGGCGUUUUAUUUGUUAAGCUAUUCUUAUCCUUUUUUGAGUGCAAUAAGGUUCACUUUACUAUGACCCCCACAAAUUACAUGUAUUACUUGAUGGACUUCACUUGUACGUUAUCUUCUCAUGAUCUUGUUUGUUUAUCGAAUUAUUAUUAUUAUUUUUUUCUCUGCUUAAAAUUUUUCUUGUGCAGUAUUAUUUUGGAUGUAUGAGACGAAACGUCUCAUCAUUCGGGUCCCGGGUCUAUCGCGUUAUAGGGAGAGGAGCUUUUACAGUGCCUGGCACUUACGACCCUGGUGUAGGUUUAAGGGGCCCCUAUCUAAUACGAAUUAAUGCUCACCUCCACCGUCCAAGCUCCUCUCUUUAAAUAACAAAAUUUGAAACGAACAUACUAGGCCUGCUUUCGUAGCACGCUCCAAAAAUGAAUUGGUGUUAGUUCUGGACAGAACCCAAGUCUUUAAGUAGGCUGUAGAGUGAUUAAGCUGUUAUACCUCUGUCUCCCACUCCUACAGCGUAAAAAUUAAAAAAACAUAUUCUUGGCGAGUUCGUUAGUGAGCUCGUAAUACUUUUUGACCUUGAUGGCAUAGUCUUUGGAGACGUUGGUUUUCCAAGAAACCAUGAACUCUUUUAACUCAACGCCCUCUAAAAUUUGCCAAUACAGAAAUAUGUCUGGUCUGGACGCCGACGCACAAAUAUCCUCUGGGAUAUUACCAUUUUUAUAAUUUUCAAAAACAUGUAUUAUUUUCAAAUAAUUAAUAAGUUACCUUUAUUUAUGGCUUUCCAUAUAAGUAUUAAACGUACUUCAUACAUUAUUAAUUAAGACUAAAUGACUCACAAUUUUUGAGAAUUAAGUCAAAUAUAUUUGUUUUUUUUUCUUUAAUUAAUUAUAGUUUCUUACUUGUAUUCAUAAGUAGGUAAGUUUUUUUAUGAACAUGUUGAUAAUGCUUAAGACUUCAAUUAUAAGUGGCAUAACUCGUUUUCUAAAAACAAACUAGGUACUCAAAAUUAUUCAAAUGAACAAAAAAAUUAUUAUAUUAAUUAUAUUUAAUUAAUGUAUACGAUAAUAUUACGCUAGAAAUGUAAUACAAAAAAAGUAUUAAAUUAUUAUGUUUGCUUUAAACCAUCACAAAAAUAUUACCGCCGAUAAAAUCACUUUAACUUCCAAAACUUAUUAACUAACAUUUUGAAAUGUAUCUUUUUGAGAUUAUUUUUAUAUAUGUUUCUCAUUCUCUUUGAACCUAAGAUCUCAUAUAAAUCUUUAUUAAAACUUAACCCGGAUCCACACUGUGCUGACGUCAGUUAGUGUAUUUUUUUUUUAAUUUAUGAAUUCAUUUAAAUACAUCGAGAAAAGAAAGGAAAAACGACACUGACGUGUAGACCGACCAUAACACCAAAGUCUUUUUAUAUUUCUUUAAUAUAACCGAUCAAAAAUAUAAUCAUUGUCACUUUAAUAUUUUAAAAAUAUUUAAUUUACACUAUAAUAUGUUAAAACUAUUAUAAAGACUAAAAUAAGUAGGAUUUAUUGUGUGUUCAGCACCUAUAAAAAUAUGCUUUUAAGGUGGUUGAGCCUAGCCGUGGUCAUGUAACUACACCUCGAACAGGGGCUAGCUCGACUGUGGAAUUACCACCCUCUCACAGAAGAUCGGCGUGAAGUAGUCUUUAAUGGCUGUUUUUAGUCCGAUGAGUGAGAGAGCCGGUUGCCCUUACCCUUUUCCCACAGUCUCCUUCCUUUUCCCUUUUCCUAACCUUUUCUCUUCCUCAUCCACAAUCAAGGUCCGCAACAUUCCUUUUGUUACAGAUGUCUAUGUCAGCGGUGACUUCCUUCUAUCAAUGCUUAUUUACUGCCUUUGAAACAAAAAAAUAAUUCAAUUCACAAUUCCCCAUUUAUUGUAUUCAUUUAUUUUACUGUCAAUUAAUCUUUAAGAUACUUAUACAACAUUACUGAUAGCAGAAUAAAACAUUCCAAAAGUUUUUUAUUCUAACGAAAAAGUAUUUGUUUGAAUUUUAAAAAAGUGGGUACAACAUUACCAUAUAUUUUCGAUUUUUAUAUACACUAUCAAAAUAAUCACAAAUAUCUUAUAAAAAAAAAACUUAAACCCUAGAGCUUUUCGUUCAUGUGAAUGAUUAAAUUGUUUUGAAUGUUACUUCUUUCCUAUUGGCUGUAACGUGAUGUAUGUAGCCGUUUGUAUACAAAGGCUAACAUAAUGAUUUUGGUAUAAUAAUAUAUUAAAACAUCACUCCCUGAGAUUUAUGCAUUCAACCAAACUAAUAAUAGCCAGUCUUUUAUAACAUCAUAAAAUAUGUCUUUUUAGGAGAAUGAAAGUAAAUUUAAGGUACUGCAACAUUAAAUCACUGAUAAGAAAAUAAUUAUGUAUGUAACUAACCUGAGGUAGUGGAAGUUUAGCUUAGCUAGCUAGUUUAGUUUAGCUAAGUAUUACUAAAUUAUUCCAUUAAGUAACUCCUAGUUUGUAAAUAAUUUAAAGACAAUAGCUUGUAUUCACGGAUCAAAUAGAUUAUAAGAUAGAUAUUGAAAUAGCCACAUCGUCUUUAUUUUUUUGUUGAUACUUGUUCAGAACUUGUGUUGUAACAUUGAAUUUAUAUCAUUAUACUGAAAACUUAAAGAAAUUGAAAAUCGUUAUUCACCACAUUAUUUCAAUAAUAAGUAAUUAAUUUUGAAGAAACUAAUUUAGAUGAAAUAUGUUUUACUUUUUUAAUGAAUUUGUAUGUUAUUGUGUUAAACUAUUAUUGUAUUUCAAAUCAUUCCAUUUUUUGUAAUAUAAAAUAUAAACUUU